AAUUUGUAACAUCUAAUGCCACCAGCCCCACUCAUCAUUCUCCUUCCAAAUGAAUAUCGGAGCAAGACUAAUCGCAAUCCCUAGACGCUCCAUAAACCUCAUAUCUCACCAAUUCAGAGCCUUAACCACUGAUUCAGGCCUCUCCGAACGCCCCAACCCCAUCACACCCGUCAACCCAACUCACCUCCUCCGAGUCUGCACCAUCCUCUACCAACAACAGGACGCGUCCGACCCAAAACUCCACAACGCACUCAAACGCUCCGAGUUCCAACUCACCCACGAGUUCUUCCUCCAAGUCUGCAACAAAUUCCCAUUUUCAUGGCGACCCAUUUACAGGUUCUACCAAUUCACCCAAGCACAGCCCCAUUUCAACCACACAUCACUCACCUUCAACAAGAUGGUCGACUGUAUAGGGAAAUCAAGAAACAUCGAUCUCUUCUGGGAACUUCUUCAAGAUAUGGGACGACGUCGUAUUGUCAACGAUAAGACAUUUAGAAUUGCUCUUAAGACAUUGGCUUCUGCGCGAGAAUUGAAGAAAUGUAUUGAUUUUUUUCAUAAGAUGAAUGAUUAUGGGUGUUGUUAUAGUGUAGAGACUUUGAAUAAGGUGAUUGAGACUUUGUGUGGGUCUAAGCUUGUUGAUGAAGCCCAACACAUAGUUACCAAGUUGAAAGAAUGCGUUAAGCCAAAUGGGGUUACUUAUAAGUACUUGAUUUUUGGGUUAUGUGAAGUGGGUGAUUUGAUUGAGGCUUCUAAAGUUUGGAAUUUGAUGGCUGAUGAAGGGUUUGAGGCCGAUGUUGAGACGGUUGAGAAAAUGAUGGACACUCUUUUCAAGACUAAUCAAUUCGAUGAAGCAUUGAAGCUUUUUCAAUCAAUGAGGACCAAAAGGAUUGAUGAUUUGGGUUUAUCAACGUACCGGCUUGUGAUCAAUUGGAUGUGUAAAAAAAAUAAGCUUGCGCAAGCCUAUUUGAUGUUCGAAGAAAUGCAGAAGAGAGGGAUUGAAGCGGAUAAUUUGACAUUGGCGUCUCUAAUUUAUGGGCUAUUGACAAAGGCUAGAGUUAGAGAGGCUUAUAAGAUUGUGGAAGGGAUUGAGAAACCAGAUAUAAGUGUGUAUCAUGGAUUGAUCAAGGGGCUUUUGAAGUUGAGAAGGGCAAGUGAAGCAACACAAGUGUUUCGAGAGAUGAUAAAGAGAGGUUGUGAGCCUACAAUGCAUACAUAUAUAAUGUUACUGCAAGGGCAUCUAGGGAAGAGAGGGAGGAAGGGACCAGACCCACUAGUGAAUUUUGACAGCAUUUUUGUUGGCGGUUUAGUGAAGGCGGGGAAGUCUUUAGAAGCAACAAAGUAUGUGGAGAGAGUGAUGAAUAGAGGACUUGAGGUUCCUAGGUUUGAUUACAAUAGAUUUUUGCAUUAUUAUUCAAACGAAGAAGGGGUGAUUAUGUUUGAGGAGGUGGCGAAGAAAUUGAGAGAGGUUGGGUUGUUUGAUUUAGCAGACAUAUUAGCCAGAUAUGGGGAGAAAAUGGCAACUAGAGAUAGGAGGAGAAACAGGGCAUUGAACCUCUCCCAUGAAGAUGGGCAUAACUCAGGUCCAAACAUUUAGAAGAGUAGUAGUAAAGAGUUCACUAGUGGUGGAGUUGGUAAAAGAUCGAACAGCUCAGAAGAUAAAGUUUUCUCGGAUGCUGUGCUGAAUUUUCAGAUAGUGGGUUUCAUUCAGGAUUUGAAGGGCGUUUGGAGGGUGUUAGAGAAUUGGAUAAGAAUGUGGAAAAGAUUGUGGAUGGUGAUCUUGAUAGCAGCCAAUCACUAAAGGUCAAUGCAAAUGCUGGCUAUGGUGAAGUAACUGAAUCUCUUGAUGAUGGUUAAUAAAGAUACUGUUUAUGAGAGUGAUUCCAGUUCUUAUUCAUGUAAGCCGGGUGAACGCUUCAACAUCUCUUCUGCAGAUAUGAAUGCUUUGGAAGAGGACCCUAAACAGGAAGGUGGAGGUAACCAGCACACAAUUGAAGUGCAUGUUGAAGGUGAAGCUGAUAUUUUGAAAGUAAAAGUCAUGAGCAGUGACGACAUUGGAUCCAGUGGUGUAGAAGACCCUCUAGGUAGGACUGAAGCAGGGAAAAUUCAAACAAAUCAGUCUUUAAGGACUGCACCCUCAAAAAUCUGAGAAUGAUUCAUCAAGGAAUAUUCUUUUAGAAUUCAACUAAACAGAUCCCUCUGAUAUGAUUCAUAUGGUAGCUCCCGUGGAUGGAACCAACUUAAGUGGAGGUGACAAUGCUGACGAUCAUGAAACAGAUAAAAUUGAGAAGUGUGAUACAGAUGGAAACCAAAGCAAUGAAGGAGUUGUAGAGAAAAACUUCCGGCAAGCGGGAAGACACCCCCUGAAUUUCUGGACAAUAUAUUGACAUCAGGAGCUGAUCAAAUAUUCUGCUCACUUGGGCAAGAUGGAAAUGGCGGUCGUGAAAUGGCUGGAAAUGAAUUUUCUGAUAUUGCUGCGAGUGGAAGCAGAAAGGAAAUUGCAGAGGGAAAAUGUGCAAUGAAUGCAAAAACGAGCCUUGAAUCUGAAAGCCAAUUCUCUGAAUCCCGAGUUGUUACAGAUAAUGGAGUGGCUAAAAUUGCAAGGAACUUACGAGAAACUGAAGCUAAUUAUUGAGAUAGAGUUUAAGAUUCAAGUAAAGAUGGUAUUGGUACAACUUACUUGGGAAAUAUAAUGUGGGCUCAUUCCAAUUCAUGAAAUUGCCUGGAUGAAGAUAAUGAAGAAGCCAUAAAGAAAGUAUAGCUGCUGAAUUAAAUCGUGCUUAUGAUGUUGAAGUACUACACAGAAAUUCAAGGUACUUCAAGUUGAAAGGACCAGAAACUUUGCCUGUAGAUUCUGAAUUCAUUACUAAAAGUUCUGACAACGUUGAAGAUAAUCAGGGCUGGAACACUGGUGGGGGUGUUUCUGGUGUUAGAUUUGUGAUCUUUUGGGAGAUGGUGACAACAACCUCACCAAGCAACAUGUUCGUGUUUCUGCAGUUUAUCUCAUUAGUAUGUUCUAUUUGUAUGUUCUUAUGUUCUUCAGUUAAUUAGGGGUAAUGCAACUUCUUGAUGCCUGGGCUUUAUUUUCAAAACCCAACCCAUAAAGAAGCAUAAAAAACUUGAACACUUAUAUAAAUAAUUCUUGUUUGAAACCCAACCCAUAAGAAGCAUAAAGAAAUCUGGCAGACUAUUAGACCAAACCCAUAUAAAUAAUUCUUUGGACCCCACUACCACAAAUUAUGACGUAGGUUCCACUACUUGAGUAGACCUUAGGCGGACACCCCUCCUAUGGAGGUCACCAACCUAGACCAUGGGCCUCAUUGAUCACCCAUAGAUCCCGUCCAGGUAAGAAUGUUGUGAGUUAUGCUUUCAACUCAUUAUUAAAUAGGCCAGUCUAGAUAACUCGCUUUUAUGUUUCGUCGAUGUGGGACAACAGAAGCAAACAUUAUACAAGAUAGACUAGACAGAUAGACCUUUUACUUUGAUCUGAUACUUGACUCUUGAAUGCAUAUCUGAUCAUUGUUAGCAAUUAGGACAAGUCAGUGAAAUUGAUGGUUGAUGAAGGGUAAAUGCAUAUCUGAAUAUCUGAUCAUUGUUCAUGUUAUCACCCUUUUGUUAUUGUCAAAUACUAAUACAAAAGCAAGCUUAAAAGUUGAAUGCAUAUCUUCUUAUCUUUCUUGGUUGGUGCUUCCAAAGUUUGGAAAUUGAUGGUUGAUGAAGGGUUCCAGGCGGAUAUUGAUACAGUUGAAGAAAUGAUGGAGAGACCCUUUUCAAGACUAAUCAAUUCCAUAGAAGCAUUGAAGCUUUUUCAAUCAAUGAGGACCAAAAGGAUUGAUGAUUUGGGUUUUUAUCAAUUGGAUGUGUAAGCAAAGUAAGCUUGGGCAAAGCUUAUUUGGUGUUCGAAGAAAUGCACAAGUGAGGGAUUGAAGCGGAUAAUUUGACAUUGGAGUUGCUGCCAAUAAAUGGCCUAUUGACAAAGAAAUGCACGAGUGUGGAAGGGAUUGAGAAACCAGAUACAAGGGUGUGUAUCAUGGAUUGAUGAAGGGGCUUUUGAAGUUGAAAAGAGCAAGUGAAGCAACACAAGCGUUUCAAGAGAUGAUAAAGAGAGGUUGUGUGAGCCUACAAUGCAUACAUAUAGUAUAAUGUUACUACACGGGCAUCUGCGGAAGAGAGCAAGGAAGGGAUCAGACCCACUAGUGAAUUUUGACACCAUUUUUGUUGGCAGUUUAGUGAAGGCGGAGAAGUCUUUAGAAGCACCAAAGUAUGUGGAGAGAGUGAUCAUUCCAAUUCAUGAAAUUGCCUGGAUGAAGAUAAUGAAGGAGUCAUAAAGAAAGGCGAAAAGAAUAAUGACAGUGAAGUACUAGAGGAAAGUGUUGGUUCAGUUAGUACAGCUGCUGAAUUAAAUCGCUCUGGUGAUGUUGAAGUACUACACACAAAUUUGAAAGAACCAGAACCUUUGCCUGUAGAUUCUGAAUUCAUUACUAAAAUUUCUGACAAUGCUGAAGAUAAUCAGUACAGGAAUGCCGGUGGGGUUGUUUAUGGUGUUAGCUCUGAUCUUUUGGGAAAAGGUUACAACAACCUCACCAAGCAACAUGUUGGUGUUUCUGCAGUGGAUAUCUCAGUCGAUUCAUGUAGUCAAACUGAUUGUUUGGAAGGUAACUGGGGGUGCGUUUCAGUCAGAUGCACCGGCUGCUGUUGAUGCUGAAGCUUUACCAUCAAUUGAUUCCCUAGUGCCAGAACAAUCAGAAAAAGGCAACCCAGAAAAGCCAAAGUCUGCUGCCUCCAAGGGACACCAUUGCAAAAAAUCAGAUGCUUUUGAGGCUCGUCAUUUUAUGAUAUUGGUUGAAUAUGAAGCUUUUACAAGCUGGGUGGUUUCGAUCUCUUACUAAUGUUGUGAAUGAGUCACAAGGUAGAAAGAAAAAUGAAGAGGUCAUCGCCAAGGUAACAAACUGGAGCACUGGGAAACAGCACAUGCCUCUGAAAAAACCUAUUGGUUGAAGCCAAACCAAAAUCACAAGACAUGAAACCAAGUCCAACUGUGAUUCAGAAUGAUGAAACUUCAGCAAAGAAUAAUGAAGUCUCAACCCCGAGGCCGACAACUGUGAAUUCAACUUUGCAUCAGGCUGCAGGGAAGGAAUGGAACUCUCCAGCAACAAGAUAUCCAAUUGACUGUAAGAAAGAAAGGAAAAUAAAGGGUAAGCCACACUGGGUUCCAUUUGUAUGCUGUUCUUCAGUUAAUUAGGGGAAUGUAACACUUACUUCUAUAGAGUCUGGUCACACUCUAUACUCUAUAGUCACUUGUUUUUAUAUGCCUUGCUUUAGGGUAAAGUGCAUUAAACCCCCUUCAACCAUAUCUUAAUGAGCAAAAAACCCCCCUGAAUUUAUAAAGUAGCAUAAAACCCCCUUGAAGUAUGUUGUUUGGUUGCACUUUAUCCAAUCCGGCAACCGGCCGAUGGAUUUCUACCAUGUGAUAGCCCAUAUUUCUCUAAAUGACCAUAGAGCCCUUAUGGAAUGUAAAAAGACCAUAAUGACCUUUAAAGACAUUUGGACCCAACUAGUAUCCAAACAAGCCUUAACGUUUUGUCCUUCUUCCUCAUCGAUCUGUGGAGUAUAUAUCUGCCUAUAUAUGUAUACAUCUAUCUAUAUAUAUAUGUUGUAUGUUUUAUAGAUUCUUGUGACCGGUCCUUUGGCAUUAGAACUGAAACGAUCCAAGGUAUAAAAGCUUGGAUUCAUCCCAUUUACAGAACAAGAAAAAUUCAAAAUUACAAAAAAAUUAAAAAAUCAAAACCCAUUUACAGAACAAGAAGCUUGGAUUCAUCCUUGCCAGCCAGUCCACUCCACCGCCGCAUUUGUUCCUCACGGCCGAGCCCUCACCAGUCCAUCACCGCCGCUGCACCACCCGCUGUCCAUCACAGCCGACAUCAUCCAAAGCCGAAACCGUCGAGGCCGCCUUCAUCCUUUCCACCAUCCAAAGCCGAAACCCAUAACCAUCGGUCCACCACCACCUUCAACCAAAACCAUCAUCGCUCUCCACCCAAAACCUCCAGAGUCACCAUUCUGCCCAACCAAUCCACCCUAGCUGGAAAAAUGAAAUUGAUCAUGGCUUUACCAAAUUUCCCCAAAUAAUAUUCAACCAAAAAUAAAAUAAAAAAUAAAAAAAAAUCUCCAAAUCAUGAACUCUGCAAUGGUUUUUGGCUGCCGUCGAACCCAGAAACGGCACUGACGAGGACAGAGGACAGCGGCACAAGGAGUUACUGGUGAGGCGGUGAGGACGCGCUGGGUGUGGCA